AUGUCGCCAGACAAAGAUCGUCGAUCCGUUCUCCAAAUGUCCCAAAUAUCAAUACAACCAAAUGAAUUGCUAUCGGGGAUCAUCUCCUCAUAUUAUCGCGCAUACCAACGAUUUACAGUGUCUCCAAUCCAACCACGUCCAAGUGGUACUCCAACCGCCGAUUACGGUUAUGGCACCAAAGCAGAGGAAGUCGACCAUUCAAGGUGGAUAAACGAACCUGGAACAGGCGUACAAAGCGCAUGGGGUUACUUUGCCAAUCUCGACACAUCCGACGGAGAUUCGAUGAGACGCUUGGCCAAAUACUUUCACUACAGACUCAAUAAAAUAAACGGCCGCAACGAUUCAGCAAUGUACGCUCUUGACUUGACCGAGAUGAUGGAGAUGAACCGGAUGUUUGAAGAAAGUGUCGGUAAUGAGUUGCUCACUGAAAUGUUGACCUGGUUCACAACAUUUCGUGACGGUCCUGAGAGGCAGCUUCUAAAUCGGGCGCAAGAGUUAGCCAGGAUGGUCAAUAACUUUGUGCGCAACCCAACUGUUUAUCCGGUUGAUUACUCCAAGGAGAAAGCGCUGUGGGAAAAGAAGAAUAAGAGUAGCGGGACGGCAAGAACGAGAGGUGCUGCGACCGAGGAAGUAGAGACGGGGGAAGGAGCAAGCCCAUCGCCAACAGUUCAAACAAACGGUCGCAAGUUUAGCGCGAAGACGAAUGGGAAGAAGAGAAAAGUCCCUUCAACGGUCACCAGCGCUCAGCCAGAUAUCCCGAUACGAACUGUUCAACCACGAAUGUUUGAAAAGCCUAAAGAGGAUGAGGAUGAUGAUGAGGAGGAGGACGAAGAAGAUCCCGAAGAAGAGGAUCGAGAGCCAUUGGAGAAGGAUCACUCCGAUGAACAGACUUACAAGUUUGAUGAACCGGCCAAGCCAGGAAAGCGUCGUCGUCUGGUGAGCAGAGCGGUUCUUGCAGCUCUCAAGAACGGCAAUAUGAAUGGUAAAAUGGACCAACUGAAGGAUGACGACAAAGACUAUGGUAGUUUCAAGUCAUCAAGUUCGAGGAGCACAUCAGUAAAGUGGGACGAAGAUCCCAAGAAAGAAUCCAAAGGAGCGUCGAAGACGGCUCCUGACUCCAAAGGAAAGGGCAAGAAGGAAGAUAAAGACGUGGAAACCGAUUCUUCGGAGGAUGACAUGCCUUACAAGAAUGUGUUCGAGGAGAUUUACAUCACAGACACCAGGAAGACUAGAAGUGGCAAGGAGUUUAAUCCGUACGCCAUCUAG